UUGGUCGACGAUCGACAGUUGUUGAUGAUUGUUGACUGUCGUUUGCAGUAUUCUAGUUUUUCACGUUGCUAUUUGCAGAACCAUUAUUUCAGAAAGUUUGUAGUACGUUGCAUUUUGUUGCAUUUAUAUUGAAUAAAGGCUCUUCAGUGAUAUACUUCUAUCAAAUAAUUUUAUCAAUAUGUCAGAGAAAGUGUUAUCAGGUAUCUAUACAUCAGAAAAGCAUGGUAAUGACGAGACAGGAGAUGGUUCAGAAAGUAACCCCUUUAAAACUAUCUUAAGAGCGAUGCGUCAUGCCAAUAAGGAACCUUUUCCAAUCAUCUAUCAGGACUCUCGUGAAAAUGACAAAAAAUAUGAACCAGCAUCUAAGUCUCAGUUAAAAAAAAUACAAAAGAUUUGGGUUAGAGAACAUUAUAAGAAAGACGAGAAGGAGAAGAAAUUAUUGGAAGAUGAAGAAAAGAGAUUGAAAAAUCUUGAAGAAGCUAAAUCAAUUAUUAUAGAAGAGGAUAAAACUCUACCAGAAGCAAAAGAAAUCAAGAUAAGACAAGCUGUUGAUCACAGAGAUCAAAGAGUCAAGUUAUAUGGAUGGGUGCAUAGACUAAGACGGCAAGGCAAAGCUCUCAUGUUCAUUACAUUGCGAGAUGGAACAGGUUUUCUGCAGUGUGUACUGACUGAUAAACUUUGUCAAAUGUACAAUGCCUUGAUUCUUGCCACGGAAGCUGCUAUUCAACUGUUUGGAAUCUUGAAAGCUGUUCCUGAAGGGAAAAAUGCACCUGGUGGUCACGAAUUAUCCGUUGAUUAUUGGGAACUUGUUGGACCGUCACCUCCUGGUGGUGUCGAUUCAAUCUUGAACGAAGAAGCUCUUCCUGAUGUACAAUUGGACAACAGGCAUAUAAUGAUUCGAGGCGAAAAUACAUCAAGAAUCUUAAUCAUGAGAUCUGUAUUAACGCAAGCAGUCAGAGAUCAUUAUAAGAAUCGUGGUUAUUGCGAGGUAACUCCUCCAACUUUGGUGCAAACCCAAGUAGAAGGUGGUUCAACUCUCUUCAAAUUAGAUUAUUUUGGGGAAACUGCUUUUCUUACUCAGAGUUCUCAAUUAUAUCUUGAAACGUGCAUUCCAGCGAUGGGAGAUGUAUAUUGCAUUGCCCAAUCGUAUCGGGCAGAGCAAUCGAGAACACGUCGCCACCUUGCUGAAUAUACGCAUAUCGAAGCAGAAUGUCCAUUUAUUACAUUUGAUGAUCUACUUGAUCGAUUAGAAGAUUUAAUUUGCGAUGUAGUUGAGCGAGUUCUGAAAUCGCCUCUCGGUCAUCUUGUCAAAGAAUUGAAUCCGAACUUUCAAAUACCUAAGAAGCCUUUCAAACGAAUGAAUUACAGUGAUGCAAUUGAAUAUCUGAGAGAAAACAAUAUCACAAAAGAAGAUGGCAGCUUUUAUGAGUUUGGAGAAGACAUUCCAGAAAUGCCAGAAAGGAAAAUGACUGACGCUAUCAAUGAGCCAAUAAUGCUUUGUCGUUUUCCCGCUGAAAUUAAAUCGUUUUACAUGCAACGUUGCAAGGAUGAUAAACGCUUAACAGAGUCUGUCGACGUACUUCUACCAAACGUGGGUGAAAUUGUGGGCGGUUCAAUGCGUACCUGGGAUUACAAGGAGUUGAUGGAGGGUUACAAACGUGAAAACAUUGAUCCGACUCCAUACUACUGGUAUACAGACCAGCGGAAAUAUGGAUCUUGUCCUCAUGGCGGUUAUGGAUUGGGAUUAGAACGACUUUUGUGCUGGCUGUUGAAUAGGUAUCACAUACGUGAGGUAUGCUUAUAUCCGCGUUUCCUGGAGCGUUGUCGUCCGUGAAAGAAUAUCGAUAUAUAUGAGAAUAUCAUUAUUAAGUCGAUGUGCACAUUACAAUAGAGAUAUGGUGACGAUUACGAUACGUGGCCCCUCAAAAUUAAAGUUCUUUUUGAAAGUAUUUUUAAUAAGAAACACGGGAAAAAUAGUAAAAAAAUUCU